AUGUCUUGCCACAAUUGCCCUGCGACCUACAGCUUGGGAUCCCUCAGAAAUCCCGGCCAUAUUCCUCUCAGCUCCUCCAUUGCCCUCUGCUCUCUAGGUGUGAGCUGUGGUGAUGUCCUCUGCUUGCCUAGUAACUGUCAAGACCAUCUCCGGCCUCGGGACAACUGUCAAGAGAGUUGCAGUGAACCAGCUAACUGCCAACCAGCCCACUGUGACUAUGAAACGUCCUGCUGCCCUCCUACUGCGUACUAUGUGUCCAGACCCUGCCAAGGAACCACUUUUCUUCCUGCUACUUCUUACAUCUCUGGUUCCUGCCUCCCUGUAUCCUAUAGACCUCUGAGCUAUGUGUCCAGCAGCAACCGACCCCUGAGCCUCCUCACUUAUGGAUGCCGCCCCUUGGGUUGUUUGCCCUGUAGUCCUCAACCACUGAGUAUGGUGCCUAGCAGCCUCAGACCUCUGUGUCCUGUCCUCACUGGAUGCCAUCCUCUGAGCCAUGUGUUCAGUACGUGCCCUGGAUCUUGCUCUGCGCUGGGAGGCCAGUAGCUUCCUUGUUCCAGUCAAUAAUCCCGCCAAGGAUUCAGGACAAAAAUUCAAAGUCUAUGGACUUGUGCUUCUUUCCUAGUAGUGCCUUUUCUUGCUCUUACUCUGCCUGAUGUAAUUCAAGCUGCUCCUUUCCUAUUGUUAUCUCUUUUUUAUCUCUCCUUGUCAUGAAACUUUUUGAUUUACCAUGCUCUUCAGUGUCACUCAGGUGUGGAAAGAAUUGAUUUGAUUCAUGAUGCAAUAAAUGGG